GGGACCAUUUGCCUGAGUAUAGAAUGAGCCAAGGAGACUCAAACCCAGCAGCCAUUCCACAUGCAGCGGAAGAUAUUCAAGGAGAUGACAGAUGGAUGUCUCAGCACAACAGAUUUGUCCUGGACUGUAAAGACAAAGAGCCCGAUGUGCUGUUUGUGGGGGACUCCAUGGUGCAGUUAAUGCAGCAAUACGAGAUAUGGCGAGAACUUUUUUCCCCACUCCAUGCACUGAAUUUUGGAAUUGGAGGAGAUACAACAGGACAUGUUUUAUGGAGGCUAAAGAAUGGAGAGCUGGAGAAUAUUAAACCUAAGGUCAUUGUUGUCUGGGUAGGAACAAACAACCAUGAAAAUACAGCAGAAGAAGUAGCAGGUGGAAUCGAGGCCAUCGUACAACUUAUCAACACAAGGCAGCCACAGGCCAAAAUCAUUGUAUUGGGUUUGUUACCUCGAGGUGAGAAGCCCAACCCUUUGAGGCAAAAAAAUGCCAAGGUGAACCAGCUCCUCAAGGUUUCCCUGCCAAAGCUUGCCAAUGUUCAGCUCCUGGAUACAGAUGGGGGCUUCGUGCACUCGGACGGUGCCAUCUCCUGCCACGACAUGUUUGAUUUUCUGCAUCUCACAGGAGGGGGCUACGCAAAGAUCUGCAAACCCCUCCAUGAACUGAUCAUGCAAUUGUUGGAGGAAACUCCUGAGGAGAAGCAAACCACCAUUGCCUGACUGGCUCCCAUCAGUGUUCAUUGCAUCCCCGCUUCCUGAGAUCAGUUAUGUCACUGGCACUACGGAAUCCUUCUCUUUCCUAAGGCACUUUGCGUUGUAGAAUGUUCCUGGAUGUUCAUAUCUAGUGUUUGAAAGGGAGGAGGGAUUGAAACUGGUCCUGUACAUAGGUUUGUUUGACACAGGAGAAAAAUUAGUUAAGGAAGAUGGUUGUUUAAAUUCAUUUGAAACCAGAAGGGGACUUUUUAGUUGUAUGUGUGACACAUUUAUUGAAUUAUCACUGUUUUACCUAGAAUGACAUCAAGCCUAAGUACUGAACAAAGUGAAGAUUCUUUUCUUGGCCUUUCUUUCUAUGGAUUAUGUCAUAUAUAAUAAUGAUCAGAAUCACACCUA